AUGGGAGUGUCGGAUUUAGACAGACAAAUCGAACAGCUGAGAAGGUGUGAAUACAUCAAAGAGGCUGAAGUCAAGGCCUUGUGCUCCAAAGCACGUGAGAUCCUGGUGGAGGAAUGUAACGUGCAGAGGGUUGAUGCCCCCGUCACGAUCUGCGGAGACAUUCAUGGGCAGUUCUACGACUUAGUGGAGCUCUUUAAGGUAGGUGGUGAUUGUCCAGACACCAACUACCUCUUCAUGGGUGACUUCGUCGACCGAGGCUUUUACAGCGUAGAGACCUUUCUGCUGCUGUUGGCCCUCAAGGUCCGCUACCCGGAUCGAAUAACCCUCAUUCGCGGGAACCACGAGAGCCGACAGAUCACGCAGGUCUAUGGCUUCUACGAUGAAUGUUUGAGAAAAUAUGGCAGCGUUAAUGUGUGGCGAUAUUGCACAGAGGUCUUUGACUACCUUGCCUUGGCUGCACUGAUAGAGGAUCGCAUUUUCUGCGUUCAUGGCGGGCUUUCACCUGCCAUUAAUACCCUUGACGAUGUCCGGAGCAUCGAUAGAAAGCAAGAGGUGCCACACGAAGGCGCGAUGUGCGACCUGAUGUGGUCCGACCCCGAGGACCUCGAAGGUUGGGGUCUUUCUCCCAGGGGUGCCGGCUACCUCUUCGGUGGCGACGUGGUCAAGGGGUUCAACCACACCAACGGCAUUGACCUCAUAGGGCGGGCGCAUCAGCUGGUGAUGGACGGCUACAAAUGGAUGUUUAACGAGGCCCUCGUGACUGUGUGGUCUGCGCCCAACUACUGUUAUAGGCGUGGACCUCAGUGUGCGCAGCUAUGGCAUUAUGAAGGGUCCACCUCCAAGUCCCUUCUUCAAACCUAUUCAGUACCCCACGGGUACUUUCAAUUUUGA